UUUCGCCCAUAUGGCUUCGAGAUAACCCGGUCUUAAUGGACCUUACUUUGCCACCAACACCUCAUCAUAUCUUUCGGAAAAAAGAAAAUUCAAGGACAAAAGCAAACCUUUUCUGCUUUCCUCGACCCACUGCUGCAUAACCCUAUCUCCCCAAUGCUCUUGCGGAAGUUCAUUGCCGUCGUCACCGCUGUAAAGAGUAAUAAAAUCACAGAAUCUGGAAGAUAGGCAAUGAAAAAACUCAACUGACAAUGGUUAAUUACGGCACAGCUUCUUCAGAAACCGUGUACCCGACUAGAUAACGGCCGCAAUUGAUAAAGCGUCAGCGAAAUAUAUCGACUUACGGAUUCCAAAUGCUGGUUAGUUUCCACUCGUCCGCAGAGCCAUGCAAAAGCCUCGAUUCCCGAUCGGUUGCCUCCUGCUCACUGGGAUCAGUCUGAUCCUGGCAGCAUCGCUAUCGCGCGUAGAUGCCGCAGCCCAAAGAACGCCGGACAGUCGGAUCGUCAACGGACGCGAGGCCGUCGAGGGCGAAUUCCCAUACCAACUCUCGCUGCGCCGCCAAACGGUGCACAUCUGCGGCGCCUCGAUCCUGUCCAGCAACUGGGCCAUCACGGCCGCCCACUGCAUCGACGGCCACGAGCAGCAGCCCCGGGAGUUCACCCUCCGCCAGGGCAGCAUCCUGCGAUCCACUGGCGGCACUGUCCAGCCGGUGAAGGCCAUCCACAAGCACCCUGCCUACGAUCGGACUGACAUGAACUUCGACGUGGCCCUUUUACGAACGGCUGACGGAGCACUCAGCUCGCCGCUGGGCAAAGUAGCGCCCAUUCGGUUGCCCGCCGUGGGUGAACAAAUUUCGGACAGUGUGUCGGCCAUUGUCUCAGGCUGGGGACACAUGAGCACCACUAAUCCCGUCCUGUCACCGGUUCUCAAGAGCACCACCGUCCUGACGGUUAACCAGGAGAGGUGUCACAACGACCUGCGACACCAUGGAGGCGUCACCGAUGCAAUGUUCUGUGCAGCCGCUCGAAACACAGACGCAUGUCAAGGUGACAGCGGAGGACCGAUUAGCUCUCAGGGCACCCUUAUCGGAAUAGUAUCCUGGGGAGUGGGCUGUGCGGACCCAUACUAUCCGGGAGUCUAUACGCGCCUAGCCCAUCCCACUAUUCGCCGCUGGAUACGCCUGCUCACAAAGUUGUAGAUUUUAGCCAAAUAAAUUGAAUUGAAAAUGUUACUGCAUACAUAA